AUGUCCGACGUAAAGACUGACAAUGGAGGCCCCUUGGCUGGUAGUAGCAGGGGAACGAACCAACAUGCCCAAGGUCAGCAGGUGCAACAAAGCCAAGGAGUUGUACCAGUAGUUGGUCAAAGUACAGAUUUUGUGAAAAAAUUGUUCCAGAUGCUAGAAGAAAAUCAGUUUGGUGAUGUUGUAAAAUGGUCUGAUGACGGUGAUUCAUUUUUAAUUUGUGAUACCAAUGAAUUCACCAAGCAAGUUUUACCGUGUUACUUCAAACAUAGUAAUUUUUCAAGUUUUGUCAGACAACUAAACAAAUAUGAUUUUCAUAAAGUUAAGAUAUCACCAGAAGUUAAACAGCGAUACCAGCUUGAAAACGUAUGGGAAUUCAAGCAUCCGGACUUUAAUAGGUUUGAUCAAACAUCUCUCGAGAAUAUCAAAAGGAAAGUACCCACUAAGAAAGAAUCAGCAGAUACUGUUUCUGCAGCAAAUUGCGUUCCCGUUGUUUCGUACAGGAAAUUGGAAGAUCGUGUUAAGUUUUUGGAGAAGCAGAAUAACGCUUUGAACGGACAGGUUAGCCAGCUUAACGCAAAUGUUGCCAAACUCAACCAGAAGUAUGAGUCUUUAAUACCAAACCUUUUGCUGACCAAGGAUAUUAAUGUAUCAUUAACUAGGGCCAUUGACAUAUUAGCCAAAUCUGUUACAUCGAUGGGGAUCCAACUACCGCCAUUGAAUUUACCACAACUAGACAUUGUGAACGAACCUAUACAGAUGAUGCCUAUGCAAGUACAGAUACCAAUGACAAGCCAAUAUGUACAAGGUCAACAUUCACAACAACAACUAUGUCAACCGGCAAACCAACAGAUAUUACCAACUCAACAACAACAACAACAACAACAACCACAACCACAACCACAACCACAGCCACAACCACAGCAGCAGCAGCAGCAGCAACAUCAAAACCAACAACAACAACCAGCAACGACAACACCAACUUCAGCAGCACAACAACAAACGCCAUCUCAGCUUCACCAACAACAACAACUUAGCCAGUCGCAUCAAGUCACUCAAACUAAACCUCCUUCACAACAGAUGAGUCCAUAUAUUUCACCUCCAGAUAAACGUAAAUCUAUUGUCGAACCUAUAGUGAGUACGCAAAUCGAUGCCAACUCAAGGUUAUUGAACCGACCUCCAAAUACUCCAUUGCAUGUUCUAUUAGUUGAAGAUGAUGACGUUUGUAUUCAACUUUGCAAGAAAUUUUUGAUGAAAUAUGGAUGUACAGUGAUUGUUGUAACUGAUGGACUCAGUGCAAUAUCAGCUGUCGAACAAGUGAAGUUUGAUUUAGUUUUGAUGGAUAUUGUCAUGCCUAAUUUAGAUGGUGCUAGUGCCACUUCUAUUAUUCGUUCGUUUGAUAAAGAUACCCCAAUUAUUGCGAUGACAGGUAAUUACCAACGAAAUGACUUAGUGACCUAUUUGAACCAUGGUAUGACAGAUAUUUUGGCCAAACCAUUCACCAAAGAUGAUUUGUUUAUGAUAUUAGAGAAGCAUAAUAUUAACAAGAAGUUCAAUAAGAUUGUGGAAUCACCAGUCCAAGCCUCUGUACAUUCUGCCCCAGUGGCAACAUCUGCACAAGUAAUUUCUGCACCAGCUACGCACCCGGUAGAUAAUGUAUCCCAAGAACAUUCCAAACAGCAACAACAUGAACAACGGCUACAGCCACCUUCACAACGACAGGGACAAAGUCCGAAUGAACAACCACAUCCAAAUUCUUUACCACAACAAACACAACAAACGCCUCAGCAACAGCAGCAGCAACAACCAGCACAGCAACAACAGCAAUCACAAACCCCGACGCAGCAAGUGAUACAACAGCAACCACUUCAACAGCAGCAGCAAUCACAAACUCCGACGCAGCAAGUAAUACAACAUCACAUUAAAGAAGAAAGCAAAAAUGUAGGGUUUUCCGACGCACAGAUUCAGGUUUCUUCUCAACCUCAUGAUACCCCAAAUACCAAUAUACACAUGCAGUCUCAAAGACAACACGAUGAUAUACUUACACCGACAUUGUUAGAAUCAACGGGUCUUACACCAGAAACUAAUGCCGUCGAAGAUGUGGAUAUGUCUGCAAUGCUUGGCGUUAAUAUGAAUAUAAAUGUCGAAAACGAAUACCCAGAUAUUUUCAAAAGACGUAAACUUCUGUGA